AUGUUGCGGCCGCCGUUUUGGCUUGGGCUCUUGCUCUCGCUGCUUCUAGUCUUCAUUGAAGCCCAACACCCACUACAACAGAAUGAGGAUAGAUGCCAAGACCGUUCAUGCUACCCAAUUACCGGAAAUUUGUUGAUCGGAAGAAAAAGUCAGCUGAAAGCCACGUCGACAUGCGGAUCCCAAGGACGUCAACGUUUCUGUAUUGUUUCCCAUUUGGAAGAACAAACGAAAUGUUUUUAUUGUGACUCUCGUACCGAAUGGAAGCCACAACGGGAACCCUACCGAUUGAGUCAUCGAAUCGAAAACGUUGUCACCGAAGUUAUGGAUGACAAGAAUCGUAAUUGGUAUCAAUCUGAAAAUGGUGCCCAAAAUGUUUCAAUCAGUUUUGAUCUUGAAGCAGAAUUCCAUUUCACUCAUCUUAUCAUGACAUUCAAAUCAUUCCGUCCAGCUGCAAUGAUCAUCGAAAGAUCCGCAGAUUUUGGAAAGACUUGGCAAGUCUACAGAUAUUUCGCCUACGACUGUGAUAGCAGUUUCCCUGGAAUUCCUGAAGGACCACCAAAGAAGCAUACAGAUGUUAUUUGUACUUCACAAUAUUCUGAUGUUGCACCAUCAACUGGAGGAGAAAUUGUCUAUAAAGUCAUUUCACCACAUAUUGUCACAGAGAAUCCAUAUGCUGAUGAGAUUUCUACUUUGUUGAAGAUCACCAAUUUGAGAUUUAAUUUCACCAAAUUGCACACUCUUGGAGAUGAUUUGUUGGAUUAUAGACCAGAAAUCGACGAGAAAUAUUACUACGCCAUCUACGAAAUUGUCGUUCGUGGAUCGUGCUCCUGCUAUGGACACGCUUCCAGAUGUAUUCCAAUUGAUCCCCACGUGAGCCCGAAUACUGUAAUGGAACGUGCAGAUAUUGUGCACGGACGGUGCGAAUGUAUGCACAAUACGGAAGGAUUGAAUUGUGAAAAAUGCAAAGCUUUCUAUAAUGAUCUUCCAUGGAGACCAGCAAUUGGAGAUGAAAAGAAUGAAUGUAGACAGUGUAAUUGUAAUCGACAUGCGUUGAGAUGCCAUUUUGAUAGAGCUGUCUAUGAGUCUAGUGGAUUUGUUUCCGGAGGAGUGUGUGAUGAUUGUAUGCAUAAUACACAAGGAAAGAACUGUGAACAGUGUAAACCAUUCUUUUAUCGUGAUCCACGAAGAACCAUUGAUGAUCCACAUGUGUGUCUGCCAUGCGAAUGUGAUAAGGCUGGAUCACAAAAUAAGGGAAUUUGCGAAGGAGAAGAAGAUGCUGAACGUGGCCUUGUUGCCGGAAAAUGCUACUGUAAAACCAACGUCGACGGAAAUCGCUGUGACCGUUGUAAGAAUGGAUACUGGAAUCUCACUGAAACAAAUGUUGAUGGAUGUGUUGCUUGCACGUGCAAUCUUCUCGGAACUUAUAAUAAUGAAGGAUGUGAUAAGUACACUGGAAUGUGUACUUGUAAGAGACUUGUCACUGGUGAGAACUGUGAUCAAUGUCUGCCAGAACACUAUGGACUAUCGGAGCAUGUUGAUGGAUGCAAGGCUUGUGAUUGUGAUAUUGGAGGUUCUUAUGAUAACACUUGUGAGAUUACAACUGGACAGUGCAAGUGUAGAGAAGGAUUCAGUGGAAGAAGAUGCGAAACCGCCGAUUCUUCAUUCUAUUGUGCCGACAUUACUCAUUACGUCUAUGAAGCUGAAUACGCUAACCUCACCCGUGGAGAAGUGAAAACUCGUGAAUGGCCAUCCCAGCCACAUGAACAAACAUUUACUGGAGAAGGAUUUGCUCAAGCUGUUGAGGGAACAAUUAUCACUGUUAACCCAAUCGUUGAGGUCUCUCAAAAGUACAAUGUUAUUAUUCGUCAUGACGGAGCCCGUGAUCCCGUUGGAUGGGAGAAUAUUCAAAUUACUGUAGUGAGACCGGAAGCUGAAGGAGAUGGAUCAUGCUCUGAUGCUCCACCAUCUGAUGAUUUCUUGAUUGCAAGAAUCUAUCCAGGAUCUAGAUAUAUUGAAGUUCAACCGGCUAUCUGUCUUGAAGCAGGUGUACAAUAUGAAUUGAGAAUUCAGUUUAAUGAGAAACGAGGCAAUUCUCAUCCCCAAGAACGUGCUGCUGCAAACAUCCUUAUCGAUUCGAUCCUCUUGGCUCCACCAACCUCUGAACUUCAUAUUUUCCAAGGAUCCGCUAGAGCUGAACAACAUUUGACCGAAUACAAUCGUUAUCAAUGUAGACAUCUUGCUCUUUCACUUUCACUAUUCAAGGAUCAAAGAAACGAAGUUUGUGAGAGAUAUGUGUGCCCAAUUGCUGCAGCUCUUCUAAACAAGACAAGUGAAUGUAAUUGUGAUGCAACUGGUUCUGUAUCAGGAAUCUGUAAUGUUCAAGGAGGACAAUGUGAGUGUAAACCAAAUGUUGUUGGAAGAAGAUGUGAUCAAUGUGCAAUCGGAACAUAUGGAUUCGGACCAUCUGGAUGUAAAAAGUGUGAUUGUGAUGCUGUUGGUUCCCUUGGAAAUGAUUGUGACAAGCAAUCUGGUCAAUGUGUAUGCAGAGAGAAGGGUAUCUACGGAAGACAGUGUAAUCAGUGUCAACCUGGAUUCUGGGGAUUCCCAGAAUGCCGUACUUGCCAAUGUAAUGAUCAUGCUAACAUUUGUGAUCAAUCCUCUGGUGCUUGUAUUGAAUGUCGUGACCUUACUACUGGACACUAUUGUGAUAGAUGCCAAGAUGGUUAUUAUGGAGAUCCAAGACUCGGAGUCGGUAUUCCAUGUAAGCCGUGCCCAUGCCCAGGAGGACCUACAAGUGGAUACCAACACGCUGAUACUUGUUAUCUCAGAAAUUCUGGCAACAAUACUCAGGAUAUUGUUUGUAACUGCAAAUCCGGAUAUCAAGGAGAACGAUGCGGUGAAUGCGCCCAGAAUCAUUGGGGAUCGCCACGUGAAGUCGGAGGAACUUGUGAACGAUGUGAUUGUAAUGGAAACAUUGAUAUGGCAAUGGAAGGAAGUUGUGAUGCAGCAACCGGCGAAUGUCUCAAAUGUCUUCAUCAUACCGAAGGAGCUCAGUGUGAGCACUGUGUUGAUGGAUAUUAUGGUGAUGCAAAGUUGAAGACUUGUCAAAGAUGUGUAUGCAAUGAGCUCGGAACCAACUCAACAAAGGGAGCAUGUGAUCGUGUUUCUGGUCAAUGUCCAUGUCAUGACAACAUUAUUGGAAUGCAAUGUGACCAAUGCGCUGAGAAUCAUUUCAAUCUUGCCAGCGGUGCCGGUUGUGAGGCUUGUGGAUGUGAUUCAAAUGGAGUUGUUCUGAACCAUGAGGGUGUUCCACAUCUUCAAUGCAACAUUUUUGAUGGUCAAUGUCAAUGUAAACCAGGUCGUGGCGGAAGAAAGUGUGAUCAAUGCGAAGAUCUCUACUGGGGAGAUCCGACUACACCAGAUGGAUGUCACAGAUGCGAGUGUAAUCCAACUGGAUCGAAGAGUCUUCAGUGUCACAGAAACAAUGGAACAUGUGAAUGCCAGGCUGGAAGCGGAGGAGCACUUUGUAAUGAAUGUGCCAGAGGAUACACUGGACAAUGGCCAUACUGUAAUCCAUGUGGAGAGUGCUUCCAUCAAUGGGAUAAUAUUAUGCAGAAGCUUCAGAAGCAAGUGCAUGCUCUCAUUGAUACUGCUAAUAAUAUUGAGGAUACUGGAGUUGCUUCAGCUUAUGAUGCAGACUUUGAGAAGAUGGAGGAAACACUUAAAGAGACUAAAAAGGCUUUGUCUGAUGCUAAUAUUUCAAAGGAAGAUAUUGAGGAAAUGAGCAAGAAAUUGGCUCUUUUGAAGAAGCAAGUUAUUGCUGGAAGAGAAAAGUUGGGAGCCAUUGAAACGAGAAUUUCAAAUAUAACUCAAGCAGUUGACUUUGCUCAGAAGGAUUUGGAGCACUUGCAGAAGGAGGUUGAUAAGGUUACAAAGGCAACGAUUGAAUUGGAAGAUAAGGCUAGCAAGAUCAAGGAAGCAGAUGUACUUGGAGCAUUUAAUAUUACAAGAGAAUCAGCAUCCAAAUCUCUGGAUGCACAACGAAGAACUGAUGCAGCUAUUGGAAAACUUGCAGCUGCAGAGAAUCAGGCUCUCCGUGCCAGUGAGCUCUUGGAGAAAAAUAAAAAUGACUUUGAGAAGCAAUAUGUUGAGAAUGAAGAAGCUCUCAACGAAGCUGAAACCCUUCUUGGAGGUCUUGAAUCUGUUCUUCCAAAACUCAAUGAACAAGUUUGUGGAGCUUCAAGUGCACCUUGCGAUGCUCUUUGUGGAGGUCCAGGUUCCUGUGGAUUCUGUGGUGGUCAGUCAUGUAUGGAAGGAGCUGUGAGCAAAGCAAAUCAAGCGAAGAGCUUUGCAACUGAAGCAGAUACUAGAUUAGAUGAGAAGCAAAAGGAAGCAGAAGAAGUAUUGAGUAUUGUUAGAGAUGUGCUCACAGAGACUACAAAGGCAAAGGCAAAGGCUGAAAAGGCUUAUGAAGUUGCAAAGAAUACUGCACAAAGAGCAAAUAGCUCGAGAGCUGAACUUGAUAAAAUUGCUGAAGAGAUCGGAGAGUUCUUGACUGCCCAGAAGAGUUCACCAGAACAAAUCCGCAAUUUGGCAGAGGAAGUUCUUGGCAAGGAAAUCAGUUUGACGCCAGAUCAGAUUACUGACUUGACAGGAAAGAUCAAGGAAUCACUGGCAAAGAUCAAUAACAUCGAUGAGAUUCUGAAUGAGACAAGAGGAAACAAGAGUAUUGCAGCUAAUCUGGAAUCGAGAGCCGUAAAAGCGAACAAAGAAGCUGAACUCCUUCAAAAGGCAAUGGAAGAGAUUCGCGAGGCACUUCAACUGGCAGAUCAAGCCUACAACAACGUAACUUCCGUACUUGAGGAGAUCGACACAAUGCAAGUACAAGCCCGUGAGCUCAUCGACAAGGCUCGUAACUCUACAGAAGCCGUCGAGGGGAAGGCACAAGCUGCCAACACGACACUUGCCGAGUUGGAAGGUGUGAUGAGUGGAGUCAAGGUUGAAUAUCUCCAGAUUUCGGAAUCUGCAAAGAAUGCGUUGACUACGGUUGAUGCCGCGUUGGCAGCUGCUACAAAUGCUGAGCAGAAGAACAAACAAAUUCAGACCGAUCUUGAGCGUGCCACGGAGCUUCUCGAAAAACGAAUGGAAGGAAAUGUUGCUCCACAACAGAGAGCUGAAAAGCUAAGAGAAAGAGCUGCCAAGCUGCUCUAUCAGGCUCAGAGACACAACGAUGAUAUUGACAAUUUAUCAAAGGACUCAACCGAAAUGCGAUUGGACGACUACGAGACGAUUCUGGCUGAUUUGAAUUCCCGACUGGAACGAGUGACACGUGACAUUCAUGAGAAGACCGACUUCCAUGCCACGUGUGGAUAAAUUAUGCUUUAAUUUUAGGAGUUUUUUUAUUCUAUUGAAGCUCUAAAACUGCCAGACUUUCAUCUUUAAUCAAAUAAUACUGUAUGAAAGUCAACAAUUGCUCGUAAAGUGUGGUAUAUUAUUAACUCGGUGAAACUCGGAUAGACAAUAUUUACAUCAUAUUUUACGAGCAAUUUUUCUAAUUUUGAAAUUUCGCCUUCUUCCAUCCCGCUUUUUGAAAACGGUUGUUGUCUCUUUAUUAUUAUUUUUCAAUUUCAAGUUUUCGCUUCCAAUAUAUUUCUUUCAAUUACGAAAAUUGAUUUUUGUUUGUUUUCUUCCUUAUCACCCAAUACUCUACACCAUUUGUUUAAUCUUUUUCAGUUCAAAUCCCUCCCUUUUUUCCUAAUAAUUUAUAUUUGCUUUUUUCCCCAAUCACCAUCACCACACCUUGCUUAACUAUUUAUGCAUCUCAGACACAGUUUAAUUGUUUUUGCGUUUUUAUCUUUCUAUUUUAAAAAUUCUGGAUUAUAAAUCUAUCAAUUUCAAUUU